GGGCUGGGACUGCCAUUGAUUGAGGACUCGGAGGCGCCGCCGGAGCCUGAGACGUGCCCGGAGCCAGACAGGGGCUGGGACGCCCCCGUGACCCCCCCGGAGCCCCCCCCGAGCUCCCCCAGCCCCCACGCCGUGGUGCACAUGGGGGGAGGGGAGACCCCGACGCUGCACGCGGGCUCCGCCCCCCGCAAGCCCCUGGGGGGUCGCGAGCCCUGGAGCCCCCCCGACCACGAGGAGGAGAAAAAAUACCGGAGGAAACCCCGGGCGUGGCUGGCCCCGGGGUUCAGGUGCCGCCCCCGCGCGCUCUCGCAGCGCCCCCUGCUGGCCCUGUGCCUGGGCGGGGCCGCGGCCUUCGCGCUGCUCCUGAUCCUAUUGGCUAGCCUGGCCAGGGGCGUGGCCGACGCCGACCCCGCCCUCGAGCCGCUCAACAACCCCCACGUGCGGGUGGGGCACUGACCACGCCCCCGCUGGGGGCGGGGCUUCCGCGGGUGGGCGGGGCAAAUAAAGGGCGCCCCUUUGUGGAGGGGGAGGCAGAAGCAUCCGUGUGGUCCACCAGUUCCCCCCAGUUCAUCCCAGUCCCUCCCAAUUCCCCUCCCAGUCCCUCCCAGUUUGUCCUGGUUCCUCCAGUCCCUCCUCAGUUCCCCGCAGUCCCUCCCAGUGCCCCUCCAGUUCAUCCCAGUUUGUCCCAGUCCCUCCCAGCUCCCAGCGCACCAAACUGAUCAGAACAUUUGUUC